GCCUUAAACUCCGCUCGCAAAGGAGGCGCUUACGUUACGGGGUGUGUCGCAAGAGCGAUAAACCAAGCACGCCCCUUGCAGCUCAGAGCGGCCACGUGACCCACCCGUGGCCCUGUCAGCUGAUCUCUGCUAAGCCGUGGCGGUCGUCUACUCUAGGCAGUGAUGGAGUUUCUUCUCGGCAACCCUUUUAGCUCUCAGGUCGGACAGCGCAUUGAGAAAGCUACUGAUGGCUCCUUACAGAAUGAAGAUUGGGCUCGUAACAUGGAAAUAUGUGACAUCAUUAAUGAGACAGAAGAAGGGCCCAAAGAUGCUUUUCGAGCCAUAAAGAAAAGGAUUGUGGGAAAUAAGAAUUUCCAUGAAGUGAUGCUGGCUUUGACAGUCCUUGAGACAUGUGUCAAAAACUGUGGCCAUCGCUUUCACAUACUGGUUGCUAGCCAGGAUUUUGUAGAAGGUGUAUUAGUACGAAUCAUCCUUCCCAAAAACAAUCCUCCAGCCAUUGUACAUGAUAAGGUGCUGACCCUCAUCCAAUCCUGGGCUGAUGCUUUUCGUAGUACACCGGACCUGACUGGGGUUGUGACUGUUUAUGAGGACCUGAGGAGAAAAGGCCUGGAGUUUCCCAUGACAGAUCUAGAUAUGUUAUCACCCAUCCAUACACCCCAGAGGACUGUAUACACGCCACCAGAGUGCCAGUCAGGAGUUAUUUCAUCAGCAGAUUCUCCUCAAGCGAUAGAUUCAAUCCUGCACCCUGUAUCUUUACCACAAGUUCCAGAAAUUGCAGCUGAGGCCUCUAUCACACCUACGCCAGACCAGAUUGGAAAAUUACGCAGUGAACUGGAAGUGGUGAAUGGAAAUGUAAAAGUAAUGUCUGAGAUGUUAACAGAAUUAGUGCCAGGACAAACUGAACCUUCUGACCUUGAACUACUCCAGGAACUGAAUCGGACGUGUAAAGCAAUGCAGCAGCGUAUAUUGGAGCUGAUUCCCCGCAUCCUUAAUGAACAGUUAACUGAAGAGUUGCUCAUCGUCAAUGACAACCUCAACAAUAUUUUCCUGCGCCACGAACGGUUUGAACGGCUCCGAUCUGGCCAGUCUGCAAAGCAACAAAAUGACACAGAGAAUGAAAACAGUUUGCUUGACAUGGGACCUAGUAUCACACCAGCACAAAAAGUUCCAGAAACUGUCAAUACACUUUCAUCUCAACUUGCAGGAAUUGAUCUUGGUUCUAACAGUGUCAGUUCAGGUUUACAAUCCCUCAAUAAUUCCAGCAAACUGGAAGAAGAGUUUGAUAUGUUUGCACUGACCCGUGGCAGUUCCUUAGCUGAACAACGCAAAGAGGUGAAGUAUGAAGAUCCUUUAGCAACAAAAGGUCUAGCUGGAGCCUUGGAUGCCAGGCAACAGAAUACAGGAGCACUGGAGCCAGGUGGUACUACUGAUGAGGCCCCGAUUUCAAACUGGAUGAUGCGCCAAGGAAUGAUUCCUCUAUCCCAGGCUGCUUUCAUGGAGAAUAUUGAACAGUGGAUCUCCGCUGAAGGAGGAAACGAGACAGUGGAUCCAAAGGGUGUCACCAGUGAAGAGUUUGACAAAUUCCUUGAGGAGCGUGCAAAGGUGGCAGAUCGACUUCCUACCCUUCCCAGCACCCCCACAGGGGCUCUUUCCACAUCAACAUCCACUAACUCUGGUCCUCAGCGAAAGAAGGACAAAGAGGAAGAUGCAAUGUUCGCUUUAUGAGCCGUUCUGCCGCUUGGUGUGCCGUGGUGACAAGAGGACCUGUGUGUUCUGCACUGCACUUCUUGUGGGAAGAGAGGGGAAUCCAAAGGAGACAAGAUCAGAGGAAAGAAUCUUCCCCUUUCCCUCUUCCUGCCUUCUUUCCAGACUGCUUCGGGUUAGGUUAAUCAUUGCUGCAAUAGGGGACACUAAAGCAAAGCAAGAAGUAGGAAGAGGUUGCAGAGCUGUCAGAUGUAUUUGCCAGAUGGAUGGGGAUUUCUCCAGGGAGAUCUAGGCAGUCUUGGGUGUAUUCUUCAUUGUUUUGUUGUGCAUAUCUUUCUCCAAUGAUGAUGACUCUUAAAGGUCGUGCUAAAAAUGGGUAAUAGGAUUUGUCAGUUUUUCCCAAUACCACAGGAAGUUGCACAAAAUGGUCAAAUUGAGCAGCUUCUUUCAAUUCUUAGCUAGCUUUUCUGUACUUUUCUUCUCCUCUAGCAUUAAGGAAACUACACAUCCAGUUUGCUGUGACAAAAAAACAGAGUACUGUUUGUGGUCUUUUUUCACACACACACACAUGUAAACACUCAGUUACAUACCAAUAUUUCUGCAUGUAGAAUUCUGCUCCCAAGCCAAGCACAUUCUCUCUCCGGUCCAGAUACCAGCUGCAUAGUGCACAAUUCUGAGCAAUAUCAAUUUCUUCAAAGGCUGGCUUUUUUCAGUUUGCAAAGCUAGAAUGUCCAGGAGGCAAAGACUUUUGUGAAAAAAAAGUUGAAUCUGAUGGAACUCACUAUCAUGACUUUUCUGUUUUCAUCAUAAUUUUCCCUUAGAUUGCGUUCCAUUAUCAUUCUCAGAACUGCAAAUGACAUUCAUCAGGUUUAUGGUUAAAGAAUGGUUUUGGGGGAAGGCAAUAUUGAAUUAUGUAAUUGGGAGACUUGCUUUAUAUAUGCCAUAUUAAAGAAAUGACUUCACUACAAA